AUGUUCCUGCUUUGCAUUCUAAACACUUUUCUUAUUGUGCAGAAAAGUCAAAGGAAACGCCGCCAUAAAUCGGUGCCCAUAUUUUCAUCAAGCUCGGACUCUGACAGCUCGUCUAAUGUUGAAUCAAUAUGUUUAAGUGCCUCUGAAUGUAAUUCCAAUGCAAAUUCAAUAGUUACGAGUCAAAGAAAUUUGGAGGUUGCCAGUCCUCGAGACACCACAAAUGAGGUCACCGCGAAUCAAGAGAGUCAAAUUGAGGAAGAUCUUCCUCCAGAAGUUUUAGACCUCCUAGGGGUCGAUAAGGCAAGACAACCUCAAUUGACAGAAGCUAUCCACGUUUCCGUGGCCCGAAGGUGGGAAAAAUUGCUUAAGUCAGGUAUGGAGUCUGAUUCUAUAGCAGAGUUGGUAAAAAAGUAUCCACCCAUGACAAAUUGUCUAGUUGCGGCUCCUCAAUUAAAUAAACAGGUCUGCGCGGUACUGUCUGAACAACAUAAAAAUCGCGAUAUACGCUUAGCAGAAUUGCAGAAUCAACUUGGGGCAAGCAUGUCAGCCAUCGGUCGUGCCCUUUCCUGCCUAUUAAAUGAGGGUGAAGACAGAAAUUUGCCUCUGAUUGAACUUCUCAGCGAUGCGGGCAAACUAUUAGCAAAUGUUCAUUUGAAGACUCUAGUCCCGAAGAAACCUUGUAUUGACUGGGGUUAA